AUGUUUAGAAGAAAAGGUCAGAGAGCGAGAAGAAGAAAAACUAAAGCCAUUAUUAACAAUUUAGAAGAAAAGGUUAGAGAAGAAGCAAAAGCCAAGCAAGAAAUUAUUUAUUUAGGAGAAAAGAUUAAAGAACGAGAAGAAAUGUCCAGAGAAAAACAAAGAAUUAUAGAAAUGAGAAUCAGAAAUCUUGAAAUA